UGGAAGAGGACUCUGAGUAGCACAUGAGAUCACAGCCUUGGCCAAAAUUUUGAUUUCAGCCUGGUAGGAUGCUGAAGAGAGGACCCAGACAACCUUGUGCAGAUUCCUGACCCACAGAAACUGUGAGCCUCAAACAUGUGGGUGUUUUCUUGGCUUUGCAUCAUUUUAAUUAUUUUGGCUAUUGCUGGUAUGGACACAAUAGCAAAGACCACCCCGUAUACCAGAUUUACGAAGAAAUCCGAGGGAAAAGAGAUGCCAAAGGGCCCGAAGCCAUCCAGUGGGAAACUUCCGGAAGAAGAACUGCCCUUCACAGAAGUGGCUGAAAUGGCAGAACCAAGCCCAGAGCCCUUUGGUGCUGCCACACUCUUCCCCGUUGAAAACCUCACUCUUGAUACGGCUGAUUUCUUCUUGAAUUGCUGUGAUUGUUGUUCAUCCAUACCAGGGCAGAAAGGAGAACAUGGAGAGACCGGAAAGCCAGGUCUUAAGGGAAAGGCAGGUGAUAUGGGGGUCCCAGGGCCACCAGGAGUUAUUGGACCCCAGGGUCCAAAAGGCCAGAAAGGAGAGAAAGGACUAAAAGGAGAACGUGGGGACCAAGGAGCAAGUGGAGUUCCAGGAUACCCAGGAAAACCUGGAGAACCAGGUGGACUUGGUCCCAAGGGGGAGAGAGGAGGCAUUGGACUGGAGGGAGUGAAAGGACAAAAAGGCUCGAAGGGGGAUGCAUGUGCCAAUGGUACCAAAGGAGAUAAAGGGGACCGAGGGGCCGUGGGUGCACCAGGCUUGAACGGAGAGCCUGGGGCCAAGGGAGAGAAGGGGGAUAAGGGCUACUGUGGAGAUUCUGGGGAGAGGGGAGGGAAAGGAGAAAAAGGCGAAGAGGGCAGGAAAGGGGAAAAAGGUAGCAAAGGAGAUACUGGAACGGAGGGCAAAAGCGGCCCGCAUGGCCCCCCUGGGGCCCGAGGUGAUCCCGGGGUUAAAGGAGAAAAGGGAGAGUUAGGCCCCCACGGUCUUGUGGGACCUAUGGGGCCAAAGGGCGAGCUUGGGAGCAAAGGGGCCCGAGGGUCGAUUGGGAAGAAGGGCUCUCGGGGCCUCAAGGGCUCCAAGGGGGAGAUGGCCAGAGCCCCACGGUCGGCUUUCAGUGCCACUUUAUCCAAGCCUUUCCCUCCUCCCAACGCCCCUAUCAGAUUUGACAAGAUUCUCUAUAACGAGCAAGGGAAUUAUAGCCCUGUCACCGGGAAGUUUAACUGCAGUAUUCCUGGGGCAUAUGUGUUUUCCUAUCACGUCACCGUGAGGGGUCGCCCGGCUCGAAUCAGCCUGGUGGCCUGGAAUACGAAGCAGUUCAGGUCCAGAGAAACACUCUACGGUCAUGAAAUAGACCAGGCCUCUCUCCUCAUCAUCCUGAAAUUAAGAGCAGGGGACCAAGUCUGGCUGGAAGUUUCCAAAGAUUGGAAUGGGGUGUAUGUCAGCGCUGAGGAUGAUAGCAUUUUUACCGGAUUCCUUUUGUACCCAGAGGAAAAUCCUGGAGUUUCACCGUAAACGUGUGUCUUCAGCACUGUAAUUUGGGUUUAGUGGAGUAAGCCAGGUGACAGCGUAGCGCUAUUGAAAAAAAAUAAUUUUCACUAUUUUUUUUCAUAUAAGAAUAGAACAG